AUGGUUCUAGGUGUGUUUCUGGGCCUUGUUCUCUCAUGUCUGCUUCUCCUUUCACUAUGGAGGCAGAGCUCUCAGAGAAGAAAGCUUCCUCCUGGACCCACUCCUCUCCCAGUCAUUGGAAAUAUUCUUCAGAUAGAUCUUAAGAACAUCAGCAAGUCACUGAGGGAUGUAAGUAUAUGUUUGUUUUCAAAAGUCUAUGGUCCCAUGUUCACUCUGUACUUGGGCAGGAAGCCUGCUGUGGUGUUGUAUGGAUAUGAAGUUGUGAAAGAAGCCUUGAUUGAUCAUGGGGAAGAGUUCGCUGGAAGAGGAACCUUUCCAGUGUUUGAUAAGAUUGCUAAAGGCCAUGGCAUUGUUUUCAGCAAUGGAAGGAUCUGGAAAGAGAUGAGGCGCUUCUCACUCAUGACUCUGCGGAACUUUGGAAUGGGAAAGAGGAGCAUUGAGGACCGUGUUCAAGAGGAAGCUCGCUGUCUUGUGGAGGAAUUGAGGAAAACCAAUGGCUCACCCUGUGAUCCCACCUUCAUCCUGGGCUGUGCUCCAUGCAAUGUCAUCUGCUCCAUUGUUUUCCAGAAUCGUUUUGAUUAUAAAGAUCAGGAAUUUCUUACCUUCAUGAACAUUUUAAAUGAAAAUGUAGAGAUUCUGAGUUCCCCUUGGAUACAGAUUUGUAAUAAUUUUCCUGCUGUGAUUGAUUAUCUACCAGGAAGUCACAGAAAAUUACUGAAAAAUUUCACUUUUUCGAAACAUUAUUUUUUGGCAAAAUUAACAGAGCACCAAAAAUCACUGGAUAUUGACAAUCCUCGGGACUUUAUUGAUUGCUUCCUGAUCAAAAUGGAGCAGGAGAAGCACAACCCAAAGACGGUGUUUACUUCUGAAAACUUGAUCAUCUCAGCAGGUGACCUGUUUGCUGCUGGGACAGAGACAACAAGCACAACACUGAGGUACUCUCUGCUACUCCUGCUCAAGUACCCAGAAGUCACAGCCAAAGUCCAGGAAGAGAUUGACCGUGUGAUUGGUAGACACAGAAGUCCCUGCAUGCAGGACAGGAGUCACAUGCCCUACACUGAUGCUGUGUUGCAUGAGAUUCAGAGAUAUAUUGACCUCCUUCCCACCAGCCUGCCCCAUGCAGUGACCUGUGAUAUUAAAUUCAGAAACUAUCUCAUUCCUAAGGGUACCACUGUCAUAGCAUCAUUGACAUCUACGUUACACAAUGACAAAGAAUUCCCCAACCCAGAGAAGUUUGAUCCCGGUCACUUUUUGGAUGAGAAUGGAAAGUUUAAAAAAAGUGACUACUUUUUUCCUUUCUCAACAGGAAAACGGAUUUGUAUGGGAGAAGGCCUGGCCCGAAUGGAGUUGUUUUUAUUCCUGACCACCAUUUUACAGAAAUUUAAUCUGAAAUCUCCAGUUGACCCAAAAGACCUCGAUAUCACUGCAGUUGCCAAUGGAUUUGUUUCUGUGCCACCCGAGUUCCGGAUCUGCUUCAUCCCAGUCUGA